AUGGCAGAAAAAAACCCCGUCUCAUUUGACGAAAUCAUCCAAGCUGACCGCGAGAAGAAGCAAAAAGAGGAGCUCGCAAACCAACUACUGCUAGGAAAGAACCGCACAACGAAUGCGCCAGGCUCGGGUUCUCGCGCCAACAAGAAAGCUCAACACAAAACACAAGAUGCGAAGCCUGGAAGCUUAGCAAGCAGAAUCGGAGUGACGAAGCGUACUGCCUCCCCGACCGGACAACCAAAUAAGAACAAGUCAGCGCCCAUCACGAACCACACCCGACCACGUAACCACUACGGCAGGAAAGAUCGCAUCAAUUCGGAUCAGGUCCAAGCAGCUUUCACGGCUGAGAAUGUCGCGCCAAGCGCUCCAGGAGGCGACAUUCUCCGUAUAGUCGGUGGCAGCAACAGCGACUUGAGCAUCAAAGGCGCGUCGGGGCCAUUCAUUGUUGUGGGGAGGAAUUUUGCGCCUGGAACAACAGCCGCGGAUAUCCAGUCGGCUCUCGAACCUAUAACAGGACCAAUGCUCAGCUGUCGGAUAACGGCAAAUUAUCCGAGCGUUGUUGCGGAAUUUGCAUAUGGAGAGAGGUCAGCCGCGGAGCUGGUGGUUGCCAAUUUCCACAACCAGAGGGCUGAUGGGAGACUCCUGACCAUGACCCUUAAGACGAACCAGUACACACCUCCUUCCACCCCGUUCGAUCCUUUCAGUGCACUCCGCGCACAAGCCGAUCAAGAACGGAUUCGGGCACGCGGUGGUCUAGGCCUCAGGAAUGACUUGCUAGGCCAGACACAGGGAAAUUCCCAGCCUGGCCUGUACAGCGAUGCAAUGACGGUCGAUGCGCCGGCGCGGAACACCCAGAAGUACCGACGGAAAUGGAAUCGGUGA